AUAAACAUUGAACUUUGACCAUAUUUUUCGAACCUACUCUACCCUCUAUACUCUACUCUCUGGUAUUUUUUUGGCUGAAAGAUGAUGAAGCAGGUUCUUCUUCUGUUCUUCUGCUUUGCUUCUGGACUGACCCUUUCAGUCUCUGAGUCCAAAUCUGCUUCUUUGCAACCUCAUGCUGCAGAAUCCUUCACUCUUGGUUAUAUCCAGAUGAAGAAAGUAGAGAACUGUUCUUACCUGGUGAUGAUAUCUACAAGUUGUUCGUCUCCCAAGUUUACAACGGAUGAGAUCAGUCUUAUAUUUGGAGAUACUUAUGGCAAUCAGGUAUAUGCACCAAGACUGGAUGAUCCAAUUUCAAAGACAUUUGAACAGUGCUCUUCAGAUACAUUUCAGAUAGAUGGUCCAUGUGCAUCUCCUAUAUGUUAUGCGUACCUAUAUAGAUCUGGUGCAUCUAAUGGUUGGAAGCCUGAAAGCGUGAAAAUCUAUGGCUAUAACUCUGAGCCUGUUACUUUUGAUUUCAACACCUCCAUCCCCGAGGACACGUGGUACGGUUAUAAUUUGUGCGACACUCCUCCAUCUUCUUCAUACCAACUAGCCACUCAGAAAUGGCUUAUAUGUGUUGUUAUAGGAUUGGUUCUUAGUUUUUGGAUGUAAUUUAUGCUCUGGCUGGUAUGUUAUGCACUUACAUAGUCCAUGUCUCAUUUAUUAUGUACCGAUGAAACUUAAUUAGUACUUUAUGCUAAAGUAGAGAUACGAGACGUGUAAUAUCGUCGCAGAACUUCAGUUAAUAAUGUUGCUUGCUUCUCGACAAACAUUAAUAAGUAAUAUGAUAUCU